GCCCUCAGGCUUCCGAGCCUCAGUCGGCGGCCAGCAUCUCGCUGCCCUGGACCCUCCGACGGGCGUGCACCGGUCUCAACUCAGGCUCAGGACUGCAGGUGGACAUCUCUGCUGCCCAGGAAUCAUUGAGAGUGCGGAGAGGACAGCCUCCUCGAAAGACCGGCUAUACCUGAAUUCUGCCUCGGCAUGGGCCUUGCCAUUGAGGCAGCCCCGCUGUUGGUCCAGCUGUCUGUGCUGGUCUGAGGGUGCUGCCCAUCAUGGGGGCAGCCAUUUCCCAGGGUGCCCUCAUCGCCAUCGUCUGCAAUGGCCUGGUAGGCUUCUUGCUGCUGCUGCUCUGGGUGAUUCUCUGCUGGGCCUGCCAUUCCCGCUCUGCUGACAUCGACUCACUCUCUGAAUCCAGUCCCAACUCUAGCCCUGGCCCCUGUCCUGAGAAGGCACCCCCACCCCAGAAAUCCAGCCAUGAAGGCAGCUACCUACUGCAGCCCUGAAGGCCCCUGGCCUAACCUGGAGUCUGGGACCUAAGUCCACCUCACCCAGAGCCUGGAAUCAGGAUCCCAGGGUCCAACCAGCCUAGGGUCCAGAACUCAAG